AUAAAGCGAUAAACAAAACGAAACGCUGUCGUUCGAUACAAAUUACAUCACACUUUACUUUCGGAAGGAGACUAGCCUAGAAUAUCAAAAUGUCACACUCUAUGCGUGGUGAAAAAAACGAGAAGAAUGUUACAGACGGAGAGAAGUACGGCGAACGAUUCGACUCGGGUCAUGUCGACUCCGGAUUUCUGUCUGGGACUAAUUUAACCGUCAGCGGAGACGAUCUAGAGAUCGACAGUGCUCCAUCGAUGCAGGUCCCCGUCACCCAAGAACCAAUGGUAGUCAGUGACAGCGGCGUCGACCUCGGUCUCAGCGAUGAUCUCAGUUUGCUCUCGCUGAAAACCGUAAACUACAACCGCCUAAGCGACAAGGUUCAGGCCGAACCUAUAGAACUCACACCUGUCACAAUGCAGCUUCCUCAACAACAGCAACAUCAGCAGCUUAUUAGCGUCGAAUCAGGUCCAUCCAACAUCAACAUUCCUUAUUCGCAAGUCCAACAAAAGCAGCAAAAUGACUGGACUGCUUUCUACAUGGAGCAAGACGACGACGGCGACACGCACCUGCAUAACGCUAUAUGCCAGAGUUUUCUGGAGGUGGCAUUACCGCUGAUAAAAAUGGCGCCACAUCCUUGCCUCCUUGACAUUCUCAAUGAUCAACAUCUGUCGCCACUGCAUGUGGCGGUGUUGACACGCCAGGCGAGAAUUGUUAGGAAUCUGGUACUUGCGGGGGCCAAUCCAGCCCUCAGAGAUAUGAAUGGCAACACGCCUCUUCAUCUUGCCUGUGCUGCUGGAGACCUGACCUGCGCGAGAGCACUAACCGACCCUCUAUCGUCGUCCGAGAAAAGAAGCGCAUUGCCUGGGGGACCUGCACCUGCGAUACCUCAGGACCUUGAGCAAAGAAACUACCAAGGACAAACCUGUCUUCACUCGGCGGUGAUAGGGGGGCACGUUGAACUGGUCAGACUCCUUCUGCGGAACGGGGCGGAUUUGGAAGCUGGCGAAUGGCUCGCGGGAAGAACGGCGCUUCAUCUGGCGAUCGAGCGACAUCGGGCAUCGGUGACGAAGUUUCUUCUCCAGGAGUGCGCACCCUGUCUUGACGCCCUUACUUACGCCGGUAUAACCGCCUACCAAAUAGCCGCCUGCGGCGACCUCGAGCUUGCGAGAGAACUCGUAAGACUUGGUGCGAAACCGCAGCCGCCUCCGGAGUCGGACUCCGAGGACGACAACGACUCGGACAUGAACGAUGACUCGGAGAACGAGGGAGAGUCGAAGAGUCCCAUGUACAACGUGAACAAUGGAAACCACACGUGGCAGGGCGUCGGACUUAGAACCUAGGGAAGGAGAAGACCGGGAAUCUGGACGCGACGUCUCGUUUCCCUCUCGUCCCUCAUCGCAAUAGCUCCGGACAUUUUUUGGAGACGAAAUUAUUAUUAACCGCCCUCGGAGACUGCGGCGAAUCCUUGCCGCGGACAACCUGUCCGAGAAUUGUAGGGAACGAUUCCUUGAUAAUGGAUGGAUCCAUGGGAAAAAUGGAACGAUAUAUUUAUUGCGGUCGACGAUAUAUAUAUAUAUAUAUAUAUAUAUAUGUAUUGUUCGAAAAUUUGAACGAAACGACAAUGUUAAUGAAAUGACGAGAUGAAACGAAACAUAUCUGUGAAAUGGAAUUAAUCGAAGAGGUUCGCGCGUACCGGAUAACCCCAAAGCAUGAGGCUGGAGUUAGUAACGUUGGCUUGUAGAAAAAUUUACUGUUUUGUACUUUUAGAAUAACUGAAGAAGCUGAAUUU